ACUAGGAAGACUUCACGCCAAACUACCCGGAUGAGUGAAGGCUGAAGGCCUUACCAAUCGCGCUGCUCCUGUGCUAAUGUGGCUAGCGUCAGCUGGUUGAGCUAACGGUGGACCGCUUCUUCUCUUAAGUCAUCAGAACAACAGACUAAAAUGUUUGGUUCAUCGAGAUCCGGAGGGGUUAGAGGAGGCCAGGACCAGUUCAACUGGGAUGACGUGAAAGUCGAUAAACACAGAGAAAAUUAUCUCGGGAACUCGUUAAUGGCACCAGUAGGACGGUGGCAAAAAGGCAAAGAUCUGUCAUGGUAUUCAAGAGACAAAAAGGAUGGCACACCUUUGUCCAAAGAGGAUGAACUUGCUGCUGUUAAGGCUGCAGAGCACGAGGCGCUGAUGGCGGCCCUAGGACACAAGAAUAUGAAGAGGCAACCGACUGGCCUGACCAAAGAGGACCUUGCAGAUGUUUGCAGGAGGGAAGAUGAUGGCGAAGAGAGAAAUGUGGACCGUGUUUCAGGCUUGGGAAGCUCCAGUGCAGGGUCAAGAAAAAUGGUGUUAUCCCAAAAAGAGAAGGAGGCAGCUAAAAUAGGCUUGCCUGUUUUUACACACCAAAGAACAGAAGGUUGUCCAGAAACCUCAAAAACAAAGACAUCUCAGAGUGUAGAAAAAGGGGACAUGGAACAACGGCACGAGAGCAAAAAGAAAAAGAAAGGGAAAAAGAGCAAAAAGAAGAAGGAAAAAAAGAAGAAAAGGGAAAGAAGAGAUUCGUCCUCCUCGGAGUCAGGUGACAACAGAAAGAGGCAGAGAAAGGACCACCAUCAUCAUAAUCCAUCAUACUAUAGUCAGAGCGGAGCCAGACCCCAUGACAGCCAUUCAAGGGGGGGAGCAAAGGCCGAGCAACGGCCCCCCUACCCCCCUCCUCGUCAGCAGCGGCAUGACACAGACUCCUCUGAUGGGGGGUCUCCUGUUGCCCGUAACCCUGUCAGCCACAAGACGGCCCCUGCUGGUGCCACACAAAGCCACAGGCGGCGCCACGACACAGACUCGGACAACUAAUGUCCUCCCCACCCCCCCCCAAUUGAAAGACGCAUUACGCGGACAGAAUGCUCUACAGCAGCUUGGCUGGCCCUGAAGACCUCAUUUCCCCCGAACAGCCAAACGGACUGUGGAUGUAGACAUGUCCAUGUGUCUGACUCACUGACUUUGGCCACGUGUUUUAACUUCUUCACCCAAUAAGUUAGUCAGUUAAUCAUGGGACAGAUUUUCGGUUGUGUUUGAGAAGUUUUUUUUUUAACACAAUUUUAUGUGAUUAAACCAAAUAUCUACAUUUCUCUACUGCUAAAAGUUGUGGAUUUGUAUCUUAGUGUAGAAUACAAUGCAAGAUAAACUAUUUUGCAAAGCAAACACAAUGAUCUUUUAUUCCUAUGUCUGGCCCUGGUAGCUGUUACUGUUUGGGCAAUCUCAGAGAAUGAAUUCACAACAAACAGAACAAAUAUGCAUCCCGUGUUUUCUAAUGUGCCGUGAGAUUUGCCCUGCAAAUGUCUUUCAUGACACUGUUAACAGCUUAAGUAAAAGAACAUUAAGGAUACAGAUUGAGUUAUUAUUUUAUACAAACAUUUCUAUGUUAAGGUAUCAUACAUCUGCCAGCUUUUCUGCAACGUUGACAUUUUUAAAGGUUGUGUCAUCAGCACAGUAAUGUGUGUAUCAUUAACAUCAUCAUUACAGAGAGAGGAUAUUUUAAUAUAAGACAUGGAGCUGUCUGUCGCUAAGCCUACGUCGGAAAAGAGUCAAGCAUGUGUUCUCGAAAUAUUUCCAAGAUGCUCCUUGACGCCUUUUUCCGUCCUUGCACAUGUCCUCCAUCCCACUGUGCCUCUUGCACUAGUCAGCAGCUUCAGUCCUUUUCUUUUCUCGAUCACGGCAGCGCUCCUUAAUCCCUCACCACAUAGGUUCAGCUCCCUGACUAGUACGAUACCAUUGGAAUGCUCUCCACUGGUAAUAAUAGAGUGUAGCGUUUGCAUUUGCCUUGAAUUGGUCUGAAAGAGGGUAUUCUGCUGGCUGGCACCUGGGGGGUGCACUAAAAAAGAGCAAGGCAUUCAUAAAGAAGAGUCCAAAAAACGGCUGGUCCUUUUUAUAUGGCCGAGUACCGUUAGACUGCCACACACAACCCAAGCUGACGGAGCAGCAGGAGAGGAGGCCACACAAAGCAGCCCUAUGAGGGACCCAGGACUCCAACUCCCACCCUUUCCACCACCACCGUACUUUCCUUCCAUGUUUUAUAGGCCUGGCUGCAUUAACCAUAGCAGCCUAAUCAACCUGCAAGAAUGCUCUCCUAGAUUGCCACCCUACACAGUGUGAAACAGGGUGCGCUCUCCACAUUACUGCUUUAACCUGACAUUGGGUGGUUUACCCUUCGGGUAUCUUAGUUCUCCCUGGGUCAAAGGGUGACAGACCCAACUGGUUGCUAAGACACCAAGUUCUUGGGGUUGUUGUUAAAUUUUAGUACUGUUUUAAG